GGUUGCGCCACAAGCGGAACCGUCCGAUGCCGAUUCCUCUCCCUCGUUUGCGCCUUUUGUGGUCAUCCUGGGGGUCCCUCUUCGCCGCAGCCCGAUUCACUUUCGAAUCCUGGUCCGGACGCACCUGGGGAUACAUCUGCGGAGCAUCGGCAUCGGUGACGUGUUGUUCCCCCCCCAGGUCUACUCCCUCGCCACCCUCGGCCAGGAUGGACAGACCAACAUGAAUAUUCUCACGUACGCGUCUCCCGUGGGCAUUCGGCCGCAGCGUGUGUGGUGCAUCUCGGUCUACAGGAAGACGCUGAGCCACAGCAACUUCAUGCAGCAGCGCUCGGGCGUUCUCCAGGUCCUGAGCGAGGAGCAUGCGCCGCUCACGCACCUCCUCGGCGGGCAGAGCGGGCGGGAGGUGGACAAGGCAGAGGGGUGCCGUGACCUCGGGUUUGGCUGGCACCGGGAGGGCUUUGUGGAAGAGUCGCUGCUGCCAGGCUGCCUGGCCUACCUUCGUCUGAACCUCCUGGAAGUCGUCAGCGCUGGGGACCACGAUGUGGCGGUGUGUAGCGUGGAGAAGAUUCUGGUUCCCACGGACGCGGCUGCUCUUAGCAAUGCGCGGCCGAUGCAGUCGGCGUUCCUAAGGGAGAAGGGCCUCAUUUCAAAUAAAGGUCAGGCUGUGCCGCCGGAUACGAAUUGA